AUGGAAAGUACUUUGAAGAAAAUGUAUAAGGAAACGAUGAAGGAUCAUUCAUCCACGUUGCCAGUACAACAAAAGCCCAAUCCAAAUAAGCAAUCUCAAUUGUUGAACAUAAUUCGUGACGAAUUAGUUAAGCCAUCGACUGAACAGCGUUCACUCGUGUCAACGAAACAUAUCGCGGUUCAAUGUUCAGCAGUUGACCUCAAGCAAGAUAUCACUAAUAUUGAUUGCAUCCUAAUCGGUCAUUUAUCUGCUGGAAGCAUUGCUUCGUCACCUAUUUCGCCACCUCCUGGAUUCAUAGAGCGUGGUAUACAAGUCGAUCUCAACGAAUCUCACAUUGAUUCGCUAGCAGACUUGAUUGAAUUCUAUUCCGACAGCGUACUGCCAGAAAUAGUGAAACAGUUUUAUGAACUUUGUAACGCAGAUAUUCCUUGGGCCCGAACACAAAUCGAUGAAUACCUUCGACAUCCUCCGAGCGCAUCAAGCGUUCCAACACUUCGACAAUUGAGUUUUAAUGCGUUAAAUCAGUGGAAUGAACAGAUCAAACAUUCGAAUCCAUCAUUUGACACCAUCUCUAUCGGAGACAUCCUUCGAGAUAUCAAUAACGGAGAUAUCUUUGACGAAUUGACCAUUGACGAUGAACCAGAUGCGAGCGCAAUUCCGAUUAGCGAUACCAAUCAUCUGACAAUCCCAUGGCCAGUAAUCAACUCUAUACAGGAAUUGUAUGGUGAAUUACCAACGAAAGAAUCAUUUCACUAUGAUGGCAAUGGGUUAUCCUUACCCUUGGAUGAUGAACUUUCGUUCAAUAUUUAUCAAUCGUUGCAGCGGUUUUUAGGAGUAUCGAAUCAAAUAACUAAACCGGUGAAUGAAAAGAAAGUCACGAAGGAGAAUAAGAAGAUCAACAAACAACAACGAAAUCUGCCGAAAGCGAACGAAUCGAGUACGAAUAGUUCAACUAAGAAAGGCAAUACUCCAUCAUUACAAGAGAUUAUGGACGAAGAAUUAAAUUACAUCCAAACACAAAAAGCAAUACCAAAACGUCAACUUGAUUAUGCUAGUCAACAUAAGCUAAAAGAAUUAGAACGUCAAUUUCCCACUAUUUCAUCGGACGUUAUCCAUGAGAUCUUUCUGGCCAAUGAAUCAGAAUAUGAAUUAACACUCGCUUGUAUUUCAUCGAUGCUUGACGAAACAGCGUCGAUUACUCCAACACCUAAAUCUCAACGACUACCACUUGCAACUACAACAGUAACAAAGCCGUCUUUACAACAACAACAGCAAGCAAAAGUUGAACCGUACGAGAUUGCUAGACGCGACGCUCUUAACUAUGCUUCCAAGCGAAAAGAUUGCUAUCUCAAAGCUGACCAAGCAAAUCGUCAUGGAAUGACUGGUGUCGCCUCGUAUUAUAUCAAUCAAGCGUGUGAACAAACUCGGCUGAUGAGAGACGCAAAUCGUAUCGUAUUUGAGCAUCUCUCGCGAAAACGACUUGUUCAAUUUCGUCAGACACAUCGACUAGAUCUGCAUGAAUUACAUGCUGAUGAAGCAUUGAAUUUAUUCAAACAAGUCGAACAGGAACUGUGCGAAGGAAACCGACGAACCACACCAAAGUCAAUCGAGAUUAUUACAGGUUAUGGUAAGAAUUCACCAUAUGGCGGUGGAUCUGGAAAAAUCCGUUCAGCCAUUCUUGCUUAUCUACGACAGAAAAACUAUAAAUACUCAGAAGCAAACAAAGGUGCGAUUCUAGUGCAAUUUUAG